GCAUCAAUCUACUUGGUUGACACGCUCGCUUGGCUGUGCUGAGAUACGGGGACGGCUUUUAUAACCGAUUCGACCUCCCUCUCGGGCCUUUCUCUCAACGUCGUCCUCUUUGACUUACGUUCUCAAUGGCUGCCAACGUUCCCGAGGAACUCUUCGAGCACAUCCUAUGGCACGCUUGCAACUACGGCUUUGCACUCCCGCUUUGUCGUGAAACGAAGACUGCGAUAUCGCUCUUUGGACAGGUGUCUCGCUAUUGGGCUCGCCUAUCCCGGCGCAGGCUCUUCUGCGAGCUCGUCCUGCGCUCUCCAGAUGAUCUCCAGCGUCUGCAGACGUUCUUGGCAGCGCCCACUCCUACGGGCCUGGAGCCCAUCGCCGAGCUCGUCUUAUCUUUUAGAGCGGUGGUCAACGGUGGUUGUAGACCAUGGAUUCAUUUAGCGGCAUCAGUCAUUAAAUCGAGGCUGCGAAAUUGCCAGUACUUCACUCUCGCCGUCGUCCAGUUGGGCAACCGCUCGCCAGCUGAGCAGUGGCGCACCUUACAUCCAAGCCUCCCACGCACGCUACCCGGUUCCACGUCGCAAAUUUUCAGACUACACUUUAAUUCGAUGCACUUCCCAAAUGGCCGCACGCUCUUUCGUCUGCUCGCACCCAUCCCGUCCCUGUGCGCCGUGGACCUCAUCGAUAUCACAUGGGAUACAGAACCGACGACGAACGACUUUUUCGCUGCUCCAUUCGGGUGGAGGCUCAGUGGGGUGGUGUCUGACAGUCUCCUCGCUACCUAUUUCUUACCAUUGUUGGUUGCGAGCAUCAGAUGCGCACAUCCAGCGACCAAGGGCCGUCGGGAGCGCCUUCCAAAAUACCUCCUAGACGUCGAAGACCACCGAACGUUGCUAGAUCUGCUCAGCAUCCUCGAAGGGUCGCGUUCCGCACAUGAGUGGGUAGUGCCGUCGGUUGAGUGCAGGCGCACCGUCGGACGUAUCCACGAUAGUCUCUAUGACGAUGGUCCAGAGCGGACCCGUGCGUGUUUCUUGACCUCUAGAUGCGAUGAUGCUCAAUAUAUGGCAGACCUGCAGUUCUUCUGCGCAUCACAGCUUAGUUGCCAACGGCUCGGACCCGAGGUAUUCGUCCACCUCACGCUGGAUGAUUCACUGACUGUUCAUGGGCCAGCCGUCCUGCAUAUCGACGCGAUACACGUCAGCUACAUGGAGGACUUGCCGGCCUUCGCGGGCGAGGUUCUGAACGAAGGAAUGUGGGCCUCGUUUGCGGACACUACCCUUCGGCUCCACCAUCUCCCAAUACGUAGAGCUUCUCCGACCUGCAGCCAUGCGCGAUGAAAGUCUAGGCGUGACCGACCGGGCGUUCCAGCCACUCAUUGACAUGGGUAGGCUGCGGAGCCGCUAGCUUGAGGACACCUGGUCAGACAAGACAGUCGCUGUGCGGAUGAAUGGGACGCGGUGGUUGCCUAGAGCGAGAGAGUCGAGUGUGUAUGCCAAGGCCGCGCCUUCUUGAUCUGGAGAAACACCGUCUAUUCGAGUAUGUGUUGCAUCAUGAUGCAUUUCUUGCUUCCG